AUGAAACGGAAAAGGAAUUCCAUGCUGGAUCUCCUGACCCAGAGACAACUGCACCCAGGCAGAGCUAGGACCGAACUCCAGGAGUAUGCCGAGGACAAGGCAGCGCAUUUCGAAAUGGAGGAAAUGCCUUGCAAACUGCCUGUGAGCGUGAGAUCGACGUUCCUGAUGUGCUUUUCACCGAAUGGAUCUCGGGUUGCCUCGACCCAUGGCGACCAUAGGAUAUACGUGUGUAAAGUGACGACUGGUGAGCUGCUGAAAACCCUCGAGGGACAUCCACGAACUCCUUGGUGCCUGGCCUUCCAUCCAACCUGUAACGACCUGCUUGCGAGUGGCUGCCUUGGGGGUGAAGUGCGUGUUUGGGACCUCAGCGGUGGAGGCUCCGAGGUUUGGGUCUGCCCAGAAAGAUCCGUGAUAACAUCGCUCACUUUCCAUCCGACGGAGAAUUUCAUCGCUCUCUCAACGGUCAACAGGGUACACUUUUGGGAUUGGAGUAAACCAGAACCGUUCGUCACGACGAAAACAAACUCAGAGAGAGAAAAAGUGAGACUGGUUCGCUUCACGCCCCGAGGUGACUAUCUCCUCACGGGCAUAACGAAUGCCUUCACCGAACGACCCCAACCCCAUCGACGUAAUUCCACUCUGCAUAGACUGAUGACCAUGUACAAUCGGAUGACCGACAUGUUCCCCGGUCUCCAGGAAUCUACAGUUCAACGUCGAAUAGCCCGUCGAGGAGGCGUCCGAAUGGUCAACACGGACGAUCUGCUCGAAAUGCUACAAAGACCGAACAUCGAACGGAAUCUUUCGAUGUAUCUGCGCCAGUGGUCGGACCGAACGCGUUCAGGAUCUGCAGGGGCUCAGGAGCGAGAAGAACAUCCCAUCAGCCGUUUGUUUCGAAUCAUGGAUUCGAGACGACCGUCUUCCUAUCCGGCGGAGAAUGCGCCGGAAUCACCGGCAAACAUCCCUGGCUCGACCUCCGGAAAUUCCUCGUCGACGACGAGAUCUUCGCGAGCCACGGCGGCCUCGUCAGUCGCCGGAGCAGCAGAAGCAGCAUCCGGUUCUCGUCAGGGCAUGCCGUCGACGUCCCAUUCGCAUCCGCCACCUCAAGCGCGUAAGCGUCCUCAGCCGACUCCUCAGUAUCCUCCGCCACGCGCUCCUUCGACUACUCCCCCGGAUUCUACAUUUAUGACCGCGUCGAGUUUCACUUCUCGAGUGACCCCGACGCCUACCUCAACGUUCACAACGACGUCAUCCACGCAGACCUCAGCGCCUUCGUCAUCUUCGUCUUCCAGCCCAGACCAGAGCAGCCGAGCGACAGACGGCGGCAGUCGGAGUCGGGGUGAGGGGCCCGACCUAUGGUGGACCUUCAACCAACUGCGUAUGCUCUGCACCCGCCUCGAACUUCGGAUGAUGCGCCAUGGAGAGUAUUUUCCAGGACGACCGGCCGGCGCAGCAUCGGCCACGACCUCGACCGCAUCCUCGGCGGCAGCAUCGUCAUCGGCGGCGGCGGCGAUGUCUGAGCCUCGGAUGGCAUCGGGAACGGCCACGCCGACUCGGCUAAGCUCACCCAUGAUGGCACCUCUGUUCUCCAGUAGUCCGCCGGGACAGUCGUCAACGUCUAGGAUCUCGUCCGGGUCAAUGACACCGCCUCCCCCGCCGCCGCCACCGCGUACGCGAACGCGUACCUUCAGUGCGUCGUCGGAUCCUGCCGAAAAUAGUCAACAUAUUCCAAUUUCCCUCGUACACCUCCUGAACCGACUCCAGGAAAGCUUGCAAUCGCUCAGUGAUGCCACUGCUCGACAGGGCAUCAUAGCGGCCAGACGUCAGAUCCGGGAAGUCCGUAUCCGUAUUUCGGACAUUCUCGAGCGUCUGGAAAACGUGAGCGAGUACCGCGAACGACUGCGGAGUCUGCGGGCUCAAAUCGUUCGAGCCGCCGCGAGAAUGUACGAUCCUGGUGAUGAAGAAGAGCCGGCGAUGUCGGUUUCGAGUCCUCAGUGGGAUCUCGCCUACUGCGUUUGGCUCGUCGACAUGUCGCUGCGGUUGACCAAUGAAAUGCAACGUCUCCUAACAGCUGAUUACCGCUUGAUUCGUUUCCACUCGCGGCGCUCGGCUCGUCGUGCACGGUACGAAUACGAGCGCGCGGCUUCGGGAUCGACGCCUGCAUCGGCGAACUUGCUCACGAUCGAAUCGAGUGAUUCCGAGAGUGAUUCAGACAACGAAGCCGGUCCCUCGAACAUCCCGCCCUUCCCUCCUCCACCCUUCCGACCCCCUCCCAACUACCUUCCUAGAUAUGCGGGCCCGGGGCUGGGAGCUGGGCUCAUAACUCAUCGGAUUCAGUAUUGGUGCAUCAAUCAAAAAGAACCAAUACCGCAGAUAUCGGAUCCUGAAGCGCAACUCGUGGUUGCAACAUGCAAAAUACACAACGAUGGAUCUGUCGAUGUGUCACCUUGCGGUCAGCUGCUGGUCGCUCUCGUUCCCGAUACAAGCGGUGUCACGCUGUCAGUGUUCUCUUUGAACGCGGCGUCGAUGGGCCAAGUUCUCUAUACUUGGGGUUUCGGACCGAAUGCCGUAUCGCUCAGUUUCUCGCCUCUGUCGCGAUACGUGGUCGUCGGAUUGGCCUCUUCGCGCUAUAUGUCGCCGCAGCGGGAAGUUGUGACGCAGAUCUUCCGAUUAGGCGAGCGACCCACCAACGGACAAACGGGGAGCUCACUCCUCGAGCAUGUGGCCAACAUGAGUCAGCCGCUGCUUGGAGCUCACGCCUCGCAGCAACUCAUCUCACUCAAUUGCGUCAGAUGGUUACCGAAUCCCGGCGAAGGUUUAGUCUACGGAACCAAUAGGGGGACCCUUUGCAUUUGUCGUCCGCUCUGCUCAUUUUGCCACGAGUGUUCAAGUGAUGGGGCAUCGUCGAGCGACGGAGUAUCCUCGCGCUCGAGAUCAACGCGCCGAGAUUCUUCGUUCCAGUCAUUGUCAUUGCAUAUCGAAGAAACCGCAACGAGGCACGCAUUGCUGGGGCGCAGACCGAGUUUUUAG